CUUCCCCACCACCAACCCAAACAAAACCAAAUCAAACCACUCCAACACCGCACCACCUAACAUUGUACUAAUAGUAAAAAUAUUAAUCUCAAAUCCCCCCAAAUCCGUCCUUGUUCUUCGCUCUACCCAAUGAAGGAUUUUUCCAUGGAAGACCGAUCAUUAGCAGGGAACAACUCCUCAAUCUCAGAUGCUCUCUUCACAACUCUCUGCAACUCCAUCCAAGCACUUGGUCGAGGGUUUGACGUCACUUCUGAUAUCAGGCUUUUAUACUGUAAAGGGGCUCCUGGGUCUCGUUUGGUUCAUAUUGAUGAACAACAGACAAGGGAUCUUCAAGUUUCUGAUGGCGUUGUUGUUCCAAAUGUAUCAGUUGAUAUUGAGUCGUCUACUGGGAAGAGGAUCACUGAGGAAAUCCCUGUCUGUAGCUUCCAUGAGAUGGCAAAAUAUUUCAAUGAGAAGUCAAGUAUUUCAGGACCUAUUCCACUCGGAAGCUUUAAUGCCAUGUUCAAUUUCACUGGCUCCUGGCAACUCGACGCAGCGGUUACAAAAUCUCUUGCAAUGAUCGGACAUGUGAUCCCUCUAUAUAAGGUCGAAUUAGUAAAAUCGAAUUUAUUAUUGAAUGAGGAAAUAAAGCGUGCUGUACCUUACUCUUGGGAUCCUGCAUCCUUGGCAAGUUUUAUAGAAACCUAUGGCACCCAUAUUGUUACUUCUGCAACGAUUGGUGGAAGAGAUGUAGCAUAUAUCAGGCAACAUCAGUCUUCUCCUUUAUCAGCAGCAGACAUUCAGAAUUAUGUGAAAGACAUUGGAGAUCAGAGGUUCUCAGACUCAAAAAGCCAGUCCGCUGCGCCAAUAAAAUACAAGGACAAGGAUGUUACAGUCAUUUUUAGAAGAAGAGGAGGUGACGAUCUUGAGCAAAGCCAUGGCAAAUGGGCGGAGACCGUACAAACAGCACCAGAUGUAAUUAACAUGACAUUUACUCCUAUUGUUUCCCUUCUCGAAGGGGGGCCUGGAAUAAAGAACUUGGCCCGUGCAAUUGAGUUGUAUUUGGAGUACAAGCCUCCAAUUGAAGAUUUACAGUAUUUCUUGGAUUUUCAAAUUGCUCGAGCUUGGGCUCCAGAACAGAGUAACAUCCAAAGAAAGGAGCCUGUUUGCCCAUCUCUUCAGUUCAGUUUGAUGGGUCCCAAGCUUUAUAUAAGUCCAGAUCAGGUAGCAGUUGGACGUAAACCAGUGACUGGACUUGGACUCAGCCUAGAAGGCAUCAAGCAAAACCGACUUGCCGUUCAUUUACAACACCUCGUCUCUCUCCCAAAAAUCCUUCAACCCCACUGGGACACACACGUGGCCAUCGGUGCACCCAAGUGGCAAGGUCCCGAAGAGCAGGACAGCCGUUGGUUCGAGCCGAUCAAAUGGAAGAACUUCUCCCAUGUUAGCACCUCACCCAUCGAGCACAUUGAGACAUCCAUCGGAGAUCUGUCUGGGGUCCACAUUGUAACCGGGGCCCAACUCGGGGUUUGGGACUUCGGUGCAAAAAGCGUGUUGCACCUCAAACUCCUCUUCUCCAAGGUACCGGGGUGCACGAUAAGGCGAUCGGUCUGGGAUCACAGCCCCGUCAAUGCUUCCACUAGUGGUUCUACGGACAGGGGUUCUGAUGAUAAAAGAGGAGAUGGUUCGAGCCACAGUAGCAAAUUGGCGAAAAUUGUGGACAUGACUGAAAUGUCGAAGGGGCCGCAAGAUGUCCCGGGUCAUUGGUUGGUUACGGGUGCUAAGCUUGGGGUAGAUAAGGGGAAGAUUGUGUUACGCUUGAAGUAUUCAUUGUUGAACUACUGAUAUAACAAACACACUGUUAUUAUCUUCACCGGAAAGCAUUGCUUAUUUUCUUUUUUGCAUAGCUAUUGUUCUUUGUUGGUCUGUACAUUAGUUAUGUUUUACUAGUAUUGAAUUCUUUUCCUGGGUUUCUUUAAUUUGUUUGCUCUUUUUGGUGAAUAAUAUUUUUUGUCAUUCUGAUGAAUGAAAGUGAGUAAUCUAGCUUGUAAU